AAGAAGGGGGAUGCUGGAACCCACGCGCGACAUUCUCCCGAGACAUUUAAACUAGAACAGUUCCUGGUCGUGUCCAGAAGACGCUACACGGUUUGUUUUGGGAACCCAGUGCCGGUGUUUUCAUUUCGUACGAGCAUACAACCAACGAGUGUUUAUACAAUCGUAUAAAUUUUAACGAAACAAAGAAUUAGUGGUGACUAUUAUUUCCUUUGAUUGUCCGUAAUGAUAACGAUGAAAACGGUGUUCUUCUUAGUUGCAAUAGCUGCAACUAAAGCUUUGCCCCUUUCGAAAGUGCACGUGAAAUUCAUUUCUCCGCCACAUAUUUAUGAGCACGGUAUUACGACAGAUGGGGAUCGAACGAUCGACCAGAGAUCUUACGUUUCCAUCGGAAGAAGAAGCGCGUCAGGAAACCCAAGAGAUUUUGGUACAUUUAUUUAUUUAUUACUUCUUUUUAUUCAUUUUCUUUUCUUUUUAUUCAGUUUGUAUGUUUACACAGGACAACGGCUGGGCAACAAAGGCAUAUCAUCUGUCGAUAUUAAACGAGAAAAUAUUGAAUCCCUAUGGCCAAUAGGUGUUUUCAUUCCACCGAUAGACAUAAACGACCUUGGUUACAGUUCACGUGAAUCCAGGCAUAUGACACCUGACUUCUCCAACGGACUUACAUAUCACGAUCCCUAUCUGUUAACUGGUAAAAAAGCAAUGUUGACAGUAAAGUAUCUUUAUGGCCAAGGCGAAUUGUUUUAUGACGAUAUUCCACAUGAAAGAGCGCUGUUAAGAAAUCAAGAAGAAAGGAGACGAAACGGCUUGUUCGAUCUAAUAUUGAGAAGUUUAAGAACCAGCUCUCCAUUUUCAAGGAAAGAAUGAUCUAGAGAAAUUUAUUAACGAUGAUAUUAUUUAUUUUCGAACUCGCUAUCGAACGUUGCAUCUUGAUCAAAGAAAAGGGUAAAAUCGGAUUCUGUCGAAAAAUUAUUCUUAUGCAUUUAUUAACUUUUAUAUAUUUGUGUAAUUAAGAUUAUGCUCCUUUUAUUAUACGGUUCUAUUUAAUGUUACCGCUGUAAUUCGUUCAUUUCUCGGGAAUAGUUGGAAUUGUUUUAUUAUGGUAUCGUUUAACAAAUUCUUGUCCGCAUCAGCUGCGGAUUUAAUUAAUGCUGCGCUCGUUAAACGUGUUAGAAGCGAAUCACGCACGAAACAGAUGUACCAGAAAUGUAUACAAGUAUAAUUGCUGCACGUGAACGAUCUGCGUUUAACAGUUUCACGAGUGUAAUUUACACAAAUUGCGGUACACCCUGUUAUUAUUACAAUUAAAACAUUGUACUUGAUUCUGUAUAACGUUCCGCUCAGAUUUUAUUAUGUGAAAUAUGUAUACCUCAAUUUUAUGUGAUUAUCAUACAUAAGAUAUAAAUAAAAUUAGCGUACAAUUUU